GCGCCACUUGGCGACACCUGCGCGCGGCGGCAGUGCGGCCGUCAUGGCGUCGCCCUUUAGCGGGGCGCUGCAGUUGACGGACCUGAAUGACUUCAUCGGGCCGUCUCAGGAGUGCAUCAAGCCCGUGAAUGUGGAAAAAAGGCUGGGAAGUGGCGUGGCCAAGAUUCGCAUUGAAGAUGACGGGAGCUACUUCCAAGUUAACCAAGACGGCGGGACCCGGAGGCUGGAGAAGGCCAAGGUCUCGCUGAACGACUGCCUGGCGUGCAGUGGCUGCGUCACCUCCGCAGAGACCGUGCUCAUCACCCAGCAGAGCCAUGAGGAGCUGAAGAAGGUUCUAGAUGCUAACAGGGCGGCAGCGCCCGGUCAGCAGAGGCUGGUUGUGGUUUCUGUGUCGCCGCAGUCUAGAGCAUCGCUGGCUGCACAGUUCCAGCUGAAUCCCACAGACACCGCCAGGAAAUUAACCUCGUUCUUUAAAAAAAUAGGGGUGCACUUCGUCUUCGACACAGCCUUCUCAAGGAACUUCAGCCUCCUGGAGAGCCAGCGAGAGUUCGUGCAGCGAUUCCGAGGACAGGCCCUGCCCGUGCUGGCCUCCGCCUGCCCAGGCUGGAUCUGCUACGCCGAGAAGACCCACGGCAGCUUCAUCCUGCCCCACAUCAGCACCGCCCGGUCGCCGCAGCAGGUCAUGGGCUCCCUGGUCAAGGACUUCUUUGCACAGCAGCAGCACUUGACCCCCGACAAGGUCUACCACGUCACAGUGAUGCCCUGCUAUGACAAGAAGCUGGAAGCCUCCAGACCCGACUUUUUCAACGAGGAGCACCAGACACGGGACGUGGACUGCGUCCUCACCACAGGAGAAGUGUUCAGGCUGCUGGAGGAAGAGGGCGUCUCCCUGCGCGACCUGGAGCCCCACCCUCUGGACAGCCUGUGCAGCGGAGCCUCUGCAGAGGAGCCCACCAGCCAUCGGGGAGGGGGCUCGGGGGGCUACCUGGAGCACGUGUUCCGGCAUGCGGCCCAAGAGCUCUUUGGAAUCCAAGUGGCUGAGGUUACCUACAAACCCCUGAGGAACAAGGACUUCCAGGAGGUGACGCUGGAGAAGGAAGGCCAGGUGCUGCUGCACUUUGCAAUGGCCUACGGCUUCCGAAACAUCCAGAACCUGGUGCAGAGGCUCAAGCGUGGGCGCUGCCCCUACCACUACGUGGAGGUCAUGGCCUGCCCCUCAGGCUGCUUGAACGGCGGGGGCCAGCUCCAGGCCCCAGACCGGCCCAGCAGGGAGCUCCUCCAGCACGUGGAGAGCCUGUACGGCAUGGUCCGGGUGGAGGCGCCCGAGGACGCACCUGGGGUUCAGGAGCUGUACACGCACUGGCUGCAGGGCACGGACUCGGAGCGUGCGUGCUGCCUGCUGCACACGCAGUACCACGCCGUGGAGAAGGCCAGCACUGGCCUGGGCAUCCGGUGGUAGGGGCAGCAGGACCCGCACUCCCAGGAGGCCUUGUGCGUGCGUGACACAAGACCCCAGGGCUCCCUCCAAAAUUCUCAGUGAGUUGCAGGGUGUGCUGGGACCCAAGUAGGAGCCAGGACUGGCCAGGACUGCAGCUGCCCCAUCACCUCCAGUCCGGGUGCCUCUGGCUCUGCCCAGGUGGGUGGGGCUGCCCAGGCAACAGAAGGCUCCCUGAGGUUCCAGAGCCUCUUCUGCUGUCCCUGGGCUGCGGCCCACAAAUAAACCCAAGUGUGUGAGACGCUUCAGCCUGUCCUGGGGUUGCCUGAGACAGAACAAGAUGGGUUAUCACCCCCAACUUCUAGAGGCUUCCCCCGAAGCUCUGCGAAGGUGGGAGACAGAGCUGGUCCCACCGGGUCCCCUGGAAAGCAGGGGGCAAGCCCCGAGGGGCGAGCCGAGGACAACAGCGGGCAUCACUGGCUGCAACAUCCCCCAGCCGGGUCCCCACAAGGCCCGUCUCCUAGCGCUUACGUCUAAUAAAGGCACCCUCCUC